AGACCGGAGCCGCGAGCGCCACCAGGGCAGCAGCAGCCGCCGCAGCCGCCGCCGCUGGGCUGAGGAGCCGGAGACGCAGGCUGACGAGGUGGCGGCGGCGGCGGAGCGGGAGCAGGGACCGGGCGCGGGCAGAGCGCGGCGGUGCGGUGUACUCUAGAGAACAAGCCUUCAGAUAUCUUUGCCAUAUUGACUCUGAGCCAUCAGGGGACUCAGGCUUAUGAGGAGGUACUGUCACACAAAACAGUGUCUAGUGAAGACGACAAGAAAGAGGGGAAAGGAUCGGAAGAAGAAGCUAAAAUUCUAUAGAAAACCAUGAGAUCUAUCAGAUCUUUUGCCAAUGAUGAUCGCCAUGUUAUGGUGAAACAUUCGACAAUUUAUCCAUCUCCGGAGGAACUUGAAGCUGUUCAGAAUAUGGUAUCUACUGUUGAGUGUGCUCUUAAACAUGUCUCAGAUUGGCUGGAUGAAACAAGUAAAGGCACAAAAGCAGAGGGUGAGACAGAAGUAAAGAAGGAAGAGGCCGUAGACACCUAUUCCAAGGAUCAAGGUGGUCGGACAUUGUGUGGUGUAAUGAGGAUUGGCCUGGUUGCAAAAGGCUUGCUGAUUAAAGAUGACAUGGACUUGGAGCUGGUUUUAAUGUGCAAAGACAAACCCACAGAGACCCUGUUAAAUACAGUCAAAGAUAAUCUUCCUAUUCAGAUUCAGAAACUCACAGAAGAGAAAUAUCAAGUGGAACAAUGUGUAGAUGAGGCAUCUAUUAUAAUUCGGAAUACAAAAGAACCCACGCUAACUUUGAAGGUGAUACUUACUUCCCCUCUAAUUAGAGACGAAUUGGAGAAGAAGGAUGGAGAAAAGGUUGCGAUGAAAGAUCCUCCGGACUUAUUGGACAGGCAGAAAUGCCUGAACGCCUUGGCGUCUCUUCGACAUGCCAAAUGGUUUCAGGCAAGGGCAAAUGGAUUAAAGUCAUGUGUAAUUGUCCUCCGCAUUCUCCGUGAUUUGUGCAACAGAGUCCCCACAUGGGCACCAUUAAAAGGAUGGCCACUAGAGCUUAUAUGUGAAAAGUCUAUAGGUACUUGUAAUAGACCUUUGGGCGCUGGGGAGGCCUUGAGACGAGUAAUGGAGUGUUUGGCAUCUGGAAUUCUACUUCCUGGGGGUCCUGGUCUUCAUGAUCCUUGUGAGCGAGAUCCAACAGAUGCUCUGAGCUAUAUGACCAUCCAGCAAAAAGAAGAUAUUACCCACAGUGCACAGCAUGCACUCAGACUAUCAGCCUUUGGUCAGAUUUAUAAAGUACUGGAGAUGGACCCCCUUCCAUCUAGUAAGCCUUUUCAGAAAUAUUCCUGGUCAGUUACUGAUAAAGAAGGUGCUGGGUCUUCAGCUCUGAAGAGGCCAUUUGAAGAUGGAUUAGGGGAUGAUAAAGAUCCCAAUAAGAAGAUGAAACGAAACUUAAGGAAAAUUCUGGAUAGUAAAGCAAUAGACCUUAUGAAUGCACUAAUGAGGUUGAAUCAGAUCAGGCCUGGGCUUCAGUAUAAGCUCUUAUCUCAGUCUGGCCCUGUCCAUGCCCCAGUCUUCACAAUGUCUGUAGAUGUGGAUGGUACAACAUAUGAAGCCUCAGGACCAUCCAAGAAAACAGCAAAGCUUCACGUAGCAGUGAAGGUACUGCAGGCAAUGGGAUACCCAACGGGCUUUGACGCAGAUAUUGAAUGUAUGAGUUCCGAUGAAAAGUCAGAUAACGAAGGCAAAAAUGAAACAGUGUCUUCAAACUCAAGCAAUAAUACUGGAAAUUCUACAACUGAAACCUCCAGUACCUUAGAGGUAAGAACUCAGGGCCCUAUCCUCACAGCAAGUGGCAAAAAUCCUGUAAUGGAGCUCAAUGAAAAAAGAAGAGGUCUCAAGUAUGAACUCAUCUCGGAGACUGGUGGAAGCCAUGACAAACGCUUUGUGAUGGAGGUAGAAGUGGAUGGACAAAAAUUCAGAGGUGCAGGUCCAAAUAAGAAAGUGGCAAAGGCAAGUGCAGCUUUAGCUGCCCUGGAGAAGCUGUUUUCUGGACCCAAUGCAGGAAAUAAUAAGAAAAAGAAGAUUAUCCCUCAGGCAAAGGGUGUUGUGAAUACAGCUGUGUCUGCAGCAGUCCAAGCUGUUCGGGGCAGAGGAAGAGGAACUCUAACAAGGGGGGCUUUUGUUGGGGCCACAGCUGCUCCCGGCUACAUAGCUCCAGGCUAUGGAACACCCUAUGGUUACAGCACAGCUGCCCCUGCCUAUGGUUUACCCAAGAGAAUGGUUCUGUUACCCGUUAUGAAAUUCCCAACAUAUCCUGUUCCCCACUACUCAUUCUUUUAGCAAAUGACAGAAGCUAAUUCCUAUUCCAACAACAACCCAGUACAUACAGAAUGUUAGCGAAAAAGCCUUUUUAUCCUGCUUUCUUUGAACAUAUACUUGAUCAAAAUUAUUUGUAAAGAACAUCUUUUCCUACUUUUUGAUUUUAACAAAUGCAAAUUUAGUUCUCUAAAACUUGAAAACAAACAAAAAAGAAACUAGUUCUGUGAAACGGUACCUCAUUUCCGGAAAAUAACUUAUACCAGCCCUUCUGUUCUAGGGAAAUAAGUCUAGCAGUUCAAAGUUUUAAGUUUUAAGAGGAAUAUCAGAUUAUGUAAAAUUAAAUUUGUGAAGGAUGUAUAGAGUCUCAAACACUGAUCACAAAUAAACUGCUUUGUUGUAACACAGAGUACUGCCUGGUUCCUGACGCAGUCACUGACGCUUAGCUGAUUGAUCUGUAUUUGCCCCAGGGCACUUGAAUUCGGGCUGUAGUUAUUUUUUUUAAUACAAUAGAGACUUUUCAUUUAAACUUUAACUUUGUAAAUAUUGAAGUGUGUAAUUAAAGCCAAUAAAAUAUGGGUUUGAAUAUUG